UCUUCUUGAGACUCAACCUAACGUCACCAUAUCAUGUUCUCCCUUCCCUCCCUGGGAGGCAUUCUUAAUCCUUCAGGAGGCCCUUCAGUAGACUCAAUCCGCUUCAAGACAGAUCGGGUCAAUGGCAUCGCCCGCCUGUACAGCGAACAAGUCCCUGCUUCGGAGCAUCGCUUCUACUCUUCGAUCCUCACGCAUUUCCACUCCACGUCACAUGCCUUUGAUACUUUCUCGGUCAAGGAUGCUCGACAGAUUAGGGAUCGACAGCCGGAGAACUUCAGGACGCUCUUGAUACUGUUGACUCUGCACCUUGAGAGCUUGAAGCGGGAUGAGAGGUUUGUGCCCAGACCGGGUACAGCGGCUGCGACGGCGGCGGCAGCUGCUGGUGAACUUGAUGGAGAAGAGGGGGGGAUGGUAGCUGGCUUUACGGCUGGGCUAGGCAAGUGGGCCUCGGUGCCCUUCGGAGGGGCAGCAGCCGGCUCAAGUCGAGUACAGCCCCGCAAUCGUACAAAAGAGGCCCUCAAUUGUGCCAGGCUCCUCGCGAGGCUGCUUCCUGUGCUCAUGGAGGAUGCUGGUGGGCCAGGCGCCGUCAAGGAUGAGAGAUUCACAUCAAUACUUGAAGAGGACGUGCUGUGGACGAGACACAGAGUCGCCGAGCAGCAAGAUGAAGACCCAGCGGCUGCUGCGGUCGCCCAGCUCGCUGAUCAAACGCAGGAUCAAUUUGUCAUCGACGACGACGAGGAGGAGGCCGAUGCUUCGAAAGACCCCCUCACUUCCCAGGCUGGCCCCUCAUCCUCAGAAGUACAACCAGCAGAAGCGCCCCUCCAAGAGCCUCUUGCCGAACGCCUAAUCCACCUCAGCCUCGACUUCCUCUUCUUCCCCGGCUUCACCCUCCCUCACCUGUCCCAGGACGAAGAAGAAGAUUCGCCAGACGGGUCACGCGUCCAUCCCACCAUCUGGAGCAAAGGAGUCGGAUCAUCAGUCGACCUCCCCGGCACCACAAGACAACAUGUUGCGCAUCGCAUUGACUUCCUGCGACUGCUCCUCGUGCUACUGAGCAAAGCGGUCUAUGUGCCCCCGCCAGCCCAAGAGGGGUUCAGGGACCGCGCGUUGGAGUUUGCGUGCACGAGUCUGAGUAGAACGAUCAGCUUACCGCUGCUCUGCUCGUUGCUGAACGCUGCUUGUGCGGAUACUGGGAAUGCGGGGGGAUGGAGUCUGUUGCCUGGCUUCGCGGCAGGGGGAUCACCUGGCUCUCAUGAGGCAGAGGGCGGCAAGGAGAUGCUCAGAGCUCUAUCACUGCAACUUUUGGCCGUCCUGCUUGACUGGCAGCCGCAGCUCUCCGCUAAGGAGGGGAACAGUCUCGAUGUGUCCUCUCAGCAGACAGAUGGGGAUGCUACAUCGGACACCCUCAACGUCCGUCCCGACCUGAGCCGUACAGUCUCCACCGCGUCAUCCUCCUCGACCGUCGCGCCAGCCGGAGCGGGCACUACUUCUUCCUCGUCCUCUCUGGGAGCAAAUCAAUUUACCUACUGGCUCUCCAAGAUUCACCGGCCAGCAGACCUGUCCCUCCUCUCCUCGCGACUCUUUACCCUUUUGCGCCCAGCCGCCAGCUCUGCCUCGGCCUCCGGCUCUGGAGGUUCCGCCUUCAACCUUCCCGGCGUCAUCACCGCAGCCUCCAGCAGUGCAGCAGCCUUUGUGACCGGCGGAAGUGGUAUCAACUCGACACAUGGCAUCUACCACCAUUCACCCGAGGCGCUCACGGUCCUGUGGCGUCUCCUCAUGCACACCCCUAAAUUCCGAACUCACGUCCUCACCGACCCCUUGCGAGCCCCUACCCUGCUCGGUAUCCUCCUCUCCCACGCCCUGCUGGGGAAAGACUCCCCACCUUCGCACGGCAUGGUACGGCUGAGCCUGUUCAGUCUACAAGACAUUUCCUCACAUCCAGGAUUUGGGGAGCAAAUAGCAAAGGCUGGAUCGCAGCAACAUUGCCAAUUGCCAGGGAAGGUGGUGGGCGCCAAUCCUUUGCUCGCGGGUGGAGCUGGUGGACUGCAAAGUGCCCGAUCCGCGGGAGACGUACUAGUCUCAGCGUGCCACGCCUUGGUCGCGACGAGGGGCAUGGGCUCCUCAGGCCUUGCGUUGGCCCCCUCGGUGCUCAUCGCACUAGCCAACAUAGCUCCGUCUCUGACCUCGCUGAGCGUGGCAAGUGCAGCCAAGCUCGGCCUCCUCCUCGCGCAUGUCUCUCGCCCCGCAUUCCUGCUGGCAGACGAGGGUCACCCGCGCUUAGCCUUCUUUGUGCUCGAGGCGUGCAACGCGAUAUUGGUCAACGAGGACGAAAACAAAGUCAAAGGAAAUGCCAAUGUGGUGUAUAGCUUGCUGGGGAGGCAGAGAGAGGUAGCAAGGCUGCGUGGCUUUUCCCUGCGCAAGGGUUUGGCGGAGAUUCAGGAGAGUCGCGGUGGGUUGGGCACGGACAGCGCCAUCGGCGAGGGAGGAGGGACGCCGCAGCCGCUCUCGGCGGAGGAGGAGAAGGCGAGGCUCAAGGCACAAGAGGUACAGCCUGUGAUAGGGCAGACGGGUGAGGCCGAGGCUGAGGCCGCUCCAUCGGCACCGAGCGAGAAGGCGCUGGGUAAAGCUAGGAGCGCGGAGGUUGACGGCGAAGGCGCAACGGUGCCACAAGUCGGUGGAGCAACAGCGGCAGGAUCGUCUUCACAAGACUCCACCGCAGUCCAGAGCACCGAGCCACUGUCCCACCUCUCCUCUCAGGACCUGGCCGCCCUCUGCUCAUCUCUCUCCCUCUCCAAUCCACGCACAGGCUUCACCCCCACAGAAGCCUGGGUAGAAAGCUGGGCCCCGCAUCUUCCCCUGGGCCCGCUGGCUGCCCUGCACGACGAUGCGACGCUCCGAGCCGGGAUCGAAGAAAGGAGCAAGCAGGGCGGUGCAGCAGAAGCGGUUCGCUGGCUCAAGAGCGACCAGGCUGACGUGAGGGGGAUUGCGCUCCGUGGGCUGGGUGGAGGGACUACAGAGGCUCCGCAGCCCGUGCGUAGACCCUUCCGCUGGACUCCUGCCGUCAGCGUCUGGCUCAGGAGCUAUAUCUGGGGAGCAGUCUACCUCCUGCAAGCACUGCCGUACAGCCUUUGGCCACAGGAAGGUGUCAGACUAUUCGUCUUGGUGGGGCAGGGGCAGGGAUUGAAGGGGGAGCACAGAGGGACGGGCAAGAAAGUAGUGACCGGGGAGGCUGCGCAGGACAAUGGUGGUCAACCACCUGCGGAUGCAGAUAGAGAGGGGAAAGAGGGGCGCGAGGCUGAUGGGCAGCCAAGCAAGGGGUCGAUUGAAGUCUAA